AUGGAUACAACAAUUCCAUGUGGGUCAAACUCAUCCAUUGAGAAUCAAUUCCAAAGUGAGUUUACGAAUGCCAAAUUCAAGGAAAUUCAAGUGGAAUACAGAUCUAAAAUGAAUUGUUCUGCAUCAUUAAAUAGCAUGGAAGGUUGCUUUGCUACAUAUCAUGUGUUGGAGGAGAUAUUAGUUGGAGACAUACGCAAAGAGCGAGUCUUAAAAGUUGUGCUUAAUAAGGAAAACCAUGAUUUCAAAUUUGAAUGCUCAUUAUUUGAGUUUAGAGGUAUUGUGUGUCGGCAUGUGUUAUCCGUGUGUAGUCAAGAGAGGAUUAUAAGUCUUCCAGAGAAGUAUGUUUUAACGAGAUGGAAGAAAAACAUUAAAAGGAAGCAUCCAUAUAUCAAGACUAGUUAUGGUGUAACAGAGUUGAAGCCACAAAUGGACAGAUUUGACAAAUUAUGCAAGCAUUUUUAUGAGGUUGCUGAAGUAGCUGCUGAGUCAAAAGAGACUACCGAAGACCUCCAUGAAACAUUACAUUUGUUUAACUCUAAUAUGUCCACAAAGGAUAGUGCCCUUAUUGAAGAAAACCUCAAUGAUGAUUUUAAUCCAAUCAAUAGUAAUAGAAUUCGCAGUCCAAAACAUGUCAAGCGCAAAGGUUGUUCUCCAUCUAAAAGAAAAACAUCUGUCGCCGAAACGAUCGCCAAGAGGUCAAGGAAACAAACAAAAAAAAGUGAUCACACUGAGUUUACUACAGAGUGCAAUAUUGGAAUGGUGGGAAAUCAGUUUGGAAGUGAUAUUUGUGUACAAUCAUCUCUUGAGGUUGUUAAUGGAGAGCAUUACUUAGAUUUGAGUAUUAUGUUUCAGACUUGGUUAAUACAUUUGACGAAGUUGGUUAAUGGAAGUUUAACUUUGCUUGAUGCAGUUCCAAACUAUAAAACAAGGGAAAUUGCAGUUUCAGACUUUAAAACAAGGGAAAUUGCAGUCCCAGACCUGGUUAAUAUAUUUCAUGAAGUUGGUUAA